GAACAUUUCUUACACUGGUAAUUCAGCAGAGAGAAACAGAGAAAGAUGGAUGGCUUACAACAAAUAGGCCUCCCAAUUCUGGGAAUUGUAGCAGCUGCUGCUGUCACCUUCUACGCUGUAAGCUUCAACGAGAUUAGAGAGAAAUCUUUCAGAGAUUUCGAAGAUUCAGACACUGAGAAUGAAGGAUUCAGGCGAUUUCCAAGCUCCAGGGAAAAGCGUGCCAGAAGAAAAGCCGAAAAGGAUGCCAAAAGUUGAUUCACUCUGUACCCUUUUUCACUUUCUUCCUUUACAUGAUAUUACAAUAUUUUUCUUCUCUAUCGUGCUUUUGUACUACCCUUUUCUCUUCUUGUUUCUAUGACUAUAAAUUAGAUGAUUUUUUUAUUCAGAGAUUUAUGAUUUGUUUGGAUUCA